AUGUCUGAAUAUUUUUUCUGCCCCCUCAUAUUCUUCGCUAAACAGAUCAACGGUACAACCGACGAAGCCUACACCUAUGCUGAAGUAGCGGAGCAGGUGGAUGCCGUGCGGACAGCGCUGUGGCGACUGGGCCAUGAAGCUGGAGACAAGAUCCUGCUCCUCAGCGCAAAUCGGACGCAACUGCUGCCGAUGUUUCUGGGUGCAGCGUGCGCUAACGUGGCGUCCGUCUGUGAAAGCCCGGGCUUCAGCGUCGAUGUCCUGGCUGACGCAAUGCAAACCCUGUCCCUGGCCUCCGUCUGCUGUGAGCCAGACCGGGUCCAAGAGGCCCUCGAACUGCAGCGAAGACUGGUUUCUAUAAAGCACAUUAUAGCACUGCACGAACCGGUGCAUAAAACGAACGGCGCAACGAACAGCGUAAUCACAUGGAAUGAGCUGCUGAAGAAAGGGCGCGAAGAAGGAGGCCCAAUGCCACCGCCUCCCGAGUAUCAAGAAAACCAGAUCUCUUACAUCACAUCUACAAGCGGCACGACUGGCAAACCGAAACUGGUUGUGCAUUGUCACGAGUCCCUCCUGGCUAUCGUUCAGUCAAGCAGCCACCCUGGGCACAUGCGUCUAGGUCCAGAAGACUUGUCCCUCUCCACAUCGUCGUUGGUCCACACGUACGCACUUCUUUGGGGUGUCUGCAAGGCUAUCGCCCAGGGAGCGUCGACCGCCUUUAUGGAGACCGCCGAUGACAGUGCUAUACUCGAGGCAAUACACAAGCACAGGGUUACAUACUUAAGCACAACGCCUUACACUGUGACGUGCCUGUUGGACAACAAACGGCGCAAUGGUUAUGACCUCCAUAGCCUCCAAUACGUCACUACGUCGACCACGAACAUUGGAGAAGACGUUGCGAAAACGCUGGUCAAAGAAUUUAAUCUCAAGUCUUUUACACAGAGUAAGUGUCAAGUGUUCAAAUUCUGA